CCAGCUGCCCCACCGUGAAACUGUAAGGUGUUUCCCACAAGCCGAGUCUCUCAGCGGAAACCCUGGCCAGAGAAGAUUUGAGGAUGGACCUCACUAGCCGUCGGUAGAUUGGACACAAAGCAGAGAUGGCAUCGUGCCAUGUGACGGACGAGGGAAAAUUCCCAGCAAAGAGAUGGAGGAGGAGCAGCCCCCCCGGAUCCACGUGGCUACCGCUCCACUUGCGGCCCAGCCCGCUCCAGCGGGACAGAGCAAUCCUCACGGUUUUAGCAGCCCGACGGAGGAAACGUUCCCGCAACCGCUUUUUUCUCUCUCACCCCUCCACCGGAGAUGUAAGCCUGGUCACGUCGGGAGAGAAGCAGUGAUGUACCGGGUGGGCCAUCCCAGUUCAGUCCUGUAACAACGGCAUCAAGCUUUAAUGAGUAUCCCCUUGCCCUGGUGGUGCGGGAUCAGAUAAAAAAGAAUUCUGCGUUCGCUCUUCCCACACCAUUGCUGCUCGGAAGGAAUGCUGAAAAACUCCAGAACCAUGGAACCAAGUCAAGAGACGAUAAGUAUUUUGACGUUCCCCCAGUAACAUGCGGAGGCUCCGUCCUCUGAACGGUCGGGCCUGAGGCUCCAGGGUCUCCUCCGCUUUGGAGCUGAAGCGUUUUGUGGCAGGAAAUGGUCCCCCCCCUUCCCAUAUCCUCUCUACCCUGGCUUAUUUUGCUUAUUUGUGUGAUUAAGGCCGUCCCAGACCUGCAGACUCCCCAAGGGUAAACAUUGCCUAACAGUUCUCUCCCUUCCUGUAAUAUUUGACAUUGACCACAUGUCCCCCCGGCCAUCCCAUGUUGCAGACAUUCUUUCUUUUGUCAUUGAAACAGAGUGUAUCUCCUCUUCUCCUCCUCGUCCUCCUCCUCUUCUUCUUCUUCCUCGUCCACAUGAACCACCCGGGGCUGAGUGAUUUAACAGCCCUAAGACCACACCAGUUGGACAGUGUGAGCUUCCAUCCCCUCGUGAUGACCAGCACAUGGGCGAUCCUUUCCACCGCUCUCUUCUUUUUGGGCUCCUGCCGACAUCUUUCAGACUUCCGAGAGAAGUUUAUGAUGGCCUUGGACCCAGAAGAUGUUCUCAUGUAUUUUGGUUCCAUUUCUAUCUGGGAAGUGCCGGAGUUCGACUUGGUUCAACUCAGCUGCCUCUGCGAAGAUGAGCGUUGGGCAGGGCUGCCCUGCAAGGCCCAGCGCUGCUCCUUCCGGGCCCUGGGAGGGCUCUACGCCCUCCGCUUCCCAGAAGAGCUCGCCCUCCUGGGCCCCUCCUUCGUCAGCGAGCGGGCGGUGAACGGCACCCUGAGCCUGCUGAAGCGCUUCCCGGACAACUGCUUCGCCGGCGGGAGAGUUCUGCUGCCCCGCCGGGCCGACGCCAAGGUCACUCUCUGCUCGGGCCAGCUGCUAGGGGACAUCCUGGUAGAUGGGGAGCAGCUUCACAUCCAGCCGGUGAGGACGCAGCACUGGAGCCCGCGGCCAGACGGCCACCAGGGCCACCCCCACCUCGUCCAUCGAAUGGGGAGAAGAACCCGGGCCCCGGAAGCCUUUCAGGCCCGGCCCCGGAUCUGGAAACGGGCCACGGGGAGCGUCGGACACCUGGAACUGAUGAUCGUCGUCGGGCCCGACGUCUACCGGCUCCACGGGGAGGACACAGAGCGGUACAUCCUCACCAACCUCAACAUCGGCGCAGAACUGCUGAGGGACGUUUCUCUGGGAGCCCAGUUGCGAGUUCACCUGAUCAAGAUGAUCGUGCUUACAGAGCCCGAGGCCAAUCUGAAUAUCAGCACAAACAUCUCCUCGUCGCUGCUGAGCGUAUGCGAGUGGAGCCGGAAGGUCAACCCCCCGGAUGACACGGACCCCCAGCAUGCCGAUCUCGUCCUGUACAUCACCAGGUUCGACCUGGAGCUGCCCGAUGGGAACAAGCAGGUUAGAGGGGUCACUCGGUUCGGAGAGGCCUGCUCUUCCGCCUGGAACUGCUUGAUCACCGAGGACACGGGCUUUGACCUUGGGGUCACCAUCGCCCAUGAGAUUGGACACAGCUUUGGAAUCCAUCACGACGGGACCGAGAACAGCCCCUGCAGCGGGAGCAACAGCAUCAUGGCUUCGGAGGGCAACCCCAACAGCAUCGACCUCACCUGGUCCGAGUGCAGCCGGGAGCAGUUCCUGAACUUCGUUAGCACAGGGCAGGCAAGCUGUGUGGAUGACCUGCCGGAGCAGGAUGGCAGCAUCCCCGGGGGCCAGCCCGGCCUCUACUACGGAGCCGACGAACAGUGCAGAAUUGCCUUCGGGAGCUCAGCCGUGGCCUGCACCUUUGCCAGGAGCGACACUGACACGUGCAAGGUCCUCUCCUGCCAUACGAAUUCCCUGGACCAGACCAGCUGUAGCCGUCUUUUCAUCCCUCUCCUGGACGGAACCGAAUGUGGGGUCGAUAAGUGGUGUUCCAGGGGCCGGUGUCGCUCUCUGGAAGAGUUGGACCCCGUGUCCGUGGUGCAUGGGGAAUGGUCCGGCUGGGAUGCCCCCAGCUCCUGUUCCCGCAGCUGUGGCGGAGGAGUGGUGAUCAGGAGGCGGCAGUGCAACAACCCCAGACCGGCCUUCGGGGGACGGGGCUGCGAGGGGGCCGACCUCCAGGCGGAAAUGUGCAACACCCAGGCCUGUUCGAAGAGCCAGCUGGAUUUCAUGUCUGAGCAGUGUACUGCAACGGAUCUAAAGCCGCUGCACAUCCCCCCGGGGCUCCCGUCUUUCUACAAGUGGACUUCAGCUGCCCAGUACAGCCAAGGGGAUGGCCUGUGCAAACACAUGUGCCGGGCGGCCGGGGAGAACUUCAUAGUGAGCCGUGGAGACAGUUUCCAGGACGGAACGCGGUGCGAACCGAGUGGUACCCAGGAGGAGGGGACCUUGAGUCUCUGCGUGAUGGGGAGCUGCAGGGUGUUUGGAUGCGACGGCAGAAUGGACUCCCGGCAGGUGAUGGACGUCUGCCAGGUCUGUGGGGGAGAUAACAGUACGUGCAGCAGAGUGAGCGGCUCUUACACCGAGGGAAGAGCCGGAGAGUAUGUCACGUUCCUGACCAUCCCUCCCAAUCUCACCGCCGUGCACGUCGUCAACCGGAAGCCUCUCUUCACGCAUUUGGCCGUGAAGGUGAGAGGGCGGUACGUGGUGGCCGGAAAGACGCGUAUCUCGUUGAACGUUACCUACCCCUCGCUUCUGGAAGACAGCCAGAUCGCGUACAAGCUGUUCCUCACCGAGGACAAGCUGCCCCGCCUGGAGGAAAUUCACAUCGUGGGACCCACUUGGGAAGUCGUCGAGAUCCAGGUUUACAGGAAGUAUGGGAGAGAGUACGGAAACAUCACCAGUCCAGACAUCACCUUCAGCUACUUCCAGCCGACGGCGAGGCCGGCGUGGGCGUGGGCCGCGGUGGCCGGGGUCUGCUCGGUGAGCUGUGGGGAAGGGGUCCGGCGGGUGAGUUACCGCUGCUUCGACCGGACCGGCCGGGAGCCGACCGACGCGGCCCGCUGCGGAGGGACGCCUCGGCCUCCGCCCUGGCAGGAGCCCUGUGCCCCAGGGGUCUGCCCGCCGAGCUGGGCAGCGGGAGACUUUGGCCCCUGCAGUGUCCCCUGCGGCGGCGACGGCGUGAGGGAGCGGGAGGUGCGCUGCUUGCACAAGAAGGGCAGCCUGGUGCUGGCACUUCCCGACGCCAUGUGCAGAGCGUCUCCCCGGCCUGCAGCCACCGAGCCCUGCCAGGCCGGACCCUGCCCCGCCAGGUGGAAGGUGUCCGCGUGGAGCCGGUGUUCUUCAGCCUGCGGCGCGGGAGUGUCCCAGAGGAACGUGACCUGCGUACAUGUCCGGGCUGGCCUGGAAAUCCCCGUGGGGGACGGUCCGUGCUCCGGGGAAGAGAAGCCCCCGCACCUGAUGCCGUGCUUGUUGGCCAACUGUCCCCUGGCUUGGGGCGCGCCGAAAACGGAGUCCUCGGGGGAGGAGGCAGUCACAUCCCCGCGUGCCGACCGGAAGAAUCGCACGGAAGGCGUCUGGAGCCCCGUGGGCGGGCCGUGCUCGGUCUCCUGUGGCCAAGGUCUGAUGGAGCUGCAUUACGUGUGUGUGGAUUUUGCCACCCGGGAAGAGGUCCAGGAAGCGCAGUGUGAGGCAGUGAGAAAGCCGGGGCGCCGCCAGGAGAUCUGCCGCGCUGCUCCGUGCCCCCCAAGUUGGAGGCCCAAGUUGGACUCGUGCAGUGUGAGCUGCGGUGGUGGGAUCAUGCGGAGGAUCCUGUACUGUGCCAGGGGCAGUGGGGAAGAAGAGGAGGUGGUGGCUGAUGCCCAGUGCCAGGGCCUGCCUCGCCCGGUGGAGCGGGAACCGUGCAACCCGGAGCCGUGCCCUCCCAGGUGGACGGUGACGGCCACGGGCCCGUGCUCCUCCAGCUGUGGCCCGGGAGCAGCCAACGGCACGGUGAGGUGCGUGCGGCUGCGUCACGGCCGGGAGUCGGCGGAGGAGGACGCGGCGUGCGCGGGGGCGGCCAGGCCUCCGGCUAGCGUCCCCUGCAACCUUGCCCCCUGCACGUACCGGUGGCAUUUCAGCAACUGGACACAGUGCUCUGUCUCCUGUGGGAACGGCAUCCAGCUCCGCCACGACUACUGCGUCAAGCCGCCCACCCUCCAGCCGGUGCCCGCGGUCUUGUGCCGGCACGUCCCCAAGCCCCUGACAGUGAGGAGGUGCUCCCCCGGGCCCUGCCCCCGGGAGACGGGGCCCGGCCCGGUGCCGCACCAAGGCGCACCAAGACGCGCCAAGACGGACCGAGCCCCGGAUCUCCUGCGCCCUCCUGCCCCCUCGGCCCCCGCGCCUCUGGAGCCCCUGGGACGGAGGGACCUCGAGGAGUCCAGGGCCUGUGGCAAGCACCACCUCGGAGCCACGGGGACCAUCAACAUGACGGGGCCGCGGGCGACGGCCGACUGCACGGUGGCCAUCGGCCGCCCUUUGGGCGAGGUGGUGAUCCUCCACGUCCUGGAGAGUUCCCUCAACUGCAGCGCCGGGGAAAUGCUCCUGAUGGUCGGGCGGCUCACGUGGAGGAAAGCCUGCCGGCAGCUGACCGGGAUGACCUUCGGCUCCAGGACCAACACGCUGACGGUGAGGCAGAGGCGCGUACUGGCCGGGAGCGGGGUCGUUCUGCGGUACUGGAGCCAAGCAGCCACGGACGGAUACUACCGAGAGUGUGACGUGCAGCUGUUCGGUCCCAAGGGGGAUAUUAGCAGUCCCCCGCUGCGCCCGGGCCUGGAAAACCAAGGGAGAUGUCGGAUCUUCAUCAACGUGGCUCCUCAGGCUCGGAUAGCCAUCCAUGCUCUGGCCAUUGACCGGGCGGCAGGAGCCAAUCAGACUCAGGCCAGCUACAUUUCGAUCCGCGACACGCUGCUCAUGAAGACGACGACGUUCUACGGGCCGCGGCUCUUCUACUGGGAAUCGGUGGGCAGCCAGGCCGAGAUCGAAUUCAGCGAGGGCUUCCGAGAUGACCACACCGGCUUCCGGGGCCAAUACUGGACCCUUAAGGCCAGAUAAUAGGACAGGAAGAUGGGCGGGAGGGGGGGCGCCGGGAAGACGAAGGUGGCAUUCCCGAAGCCAGGGCCUGCCUCUUGUCCCUGCCAGGCCCGCCCCGCCCUUGGGCCCCAGUUUUCCUUUCUGCCCAGGGGCCGUGAAAGCAUCUCAAAUGUCUGCGAGGCCGCUCGGCCAGAAGGUAUUUUGAGACGGGCACCGUUCUGUCUCGUAGACCUUCAUCUUUCACCUCCCAUCCAACCUUGGUACCGAGUCCCGGCGUAGCCGCCGUGCCCCUUGUAUUUUUGCAAAGACCCCAGGGGGAAAAACGUGCCUCCGGAGCUGGGGAUGAUCCAGAAUCAGCCCUCCCUGCCUUGGGAAGCCUCUGAUUCCGCCAGGGAAUGCUCUCCUGAUAGCCCAGCGGCCUUUACGGGUCACGGAGUCCCUUCUCCUCCCCUCCCAGAGUGGGUGGCAGGAGAGUGGUCGGGAGAACAGGAGGCAGGGGACGCAGACGGACGUCAAUAAAGGGCAAAGCAGUCUCGGCCUCAUUUUCACGA